ACUCACUCUACAACAAUCAACAAGACACUCCCUCACAAUACAAGAACACUAUAGAGGAAAAGGAAAAAGGAAAAAGGAAGAAGAUACAACCAAAAUGUCCAAAGCAAUCUUCCUCCAAAAAACAGACGGCAAACCCGGCCAAGUCUACUACCCGCUCUCCCUACAAACCCUCCCCCAGCCCACCCCCAAAGGCAACGAACUGCUCAUCCGCAUGACCGCGGCCGCCCUCAACCACCGCGACGUCUUCCUCCGCCAACACCUCUACCCAGGAAUCACCUUCGAUGUACCCAUGGGCGCCGACGGCGUCGGCACCGUCGUCGGCGCCGGGCCGGACGUCUCCAAUCCCCAGCGCUGGCAUGGCAAGCGCGUGAUCAUCAACCCAGGCGUCGGAUGGCGCGACUCGCCCGAUGGGCCUGAGGACCCCCGCGGCUAUCGCAUCCUGGGCGGCACCAAGCUCUACAACAAGGGGACCCUCCAGGAUUACCUCGUUGUCGAGGAGACGGAGGUCGAGGAGGCCCCUGAGCAUCUGUCAGAUGCUGAGGCCGCUGCUUUCCCCUUGACGGGAUUGACUGGGUGGAGGGCGCUGGUCGUGAAGGCUGGUGAGCGCAACUCGGGUAAGGGCGCUGCUGUCCUUCUUACGGGUAUUGGCGGCGGUGUGGCGCUUAUGGUGCUGCGCUUUGCGGUCGCGCGAGGGGCUGAUGUCUAUGUGACAAGCUCGAGUGAAGAGAAGAUUCGUAAGGCGGUUGAGCUGGGGGCUCGCGGUGGCGUCAGUUAUAAGGAGAAGGGCUGGGAGAAGAAGCUGUUGGGAAUGUUGCCGCAGGGAAAGAAGAACUUUGAUGCGGUGAUUGAUGGUGCAGGUGGGGAUGCCGUGGAGAAGUCGGCCAAGUUAUUGAAGGCCGGCGGCGUCCUCUCCGUCUACGGCAUGACCGUCUCCCCCAAAAUGCCCUUCCUGAUGCAGGCCGUCCUGAAGAACAUCGACGUGCGCGGCUCGACCAUGGGCUCGCGCAAGGAGUUCAAGGAGAUGGUCGAGUUCGUGCGCGCCCACAAGAUCCAUCCUGUCGUCGAUCGCGUGGUACGGUCUGAUCUUAGCGACAUUGCGGGCCUUGAUGGCCUUUUCCAGGAUAUGAAGGACGGUAAGCAGUUUGGGAAGUUGGUGAUGGAGUUUGGCAAGUCGUCGGCUAGUAAGCUGUGAUUUCAGUACAUAAUUUACAGUUUUACAUGUGUGAAGAUAGACUUUUUUUGGUUUGGACAAUGCUGUGAGGAAUGAUAAUGCUGGUCAUAUAAAACGUUUAGUGUCUAGCUGGCCUAUGGAUUUACUGGUCUGAAUCUUGA